CUCGCCUUCCUGCCCCCGGAGCCCACCUACGCCAUGGUGCCCGAGCCCGAGCCCGUGGGCAGCACGGGCUCCCUGCGAGGCGCUGCGGGCCGCUGGAAGCUGCACUUGAAGGACCGGGCGGAUUUCCAGUACUCCCAGCGGGAGCUGGACAACAUCGAGGUGUUCGUCACCAAGAGCAGCCGGGGGAACCGCGUCGGCUGCAUGUACGUCCGCUGCGUGCCCGGCGCCAGGUACACGGUGCUCUUCUCCCAUGGCAACGCCGUGGACCUGGGGCAGAUGAGCAGCUUCUACAUUGGGCUGGGCACCCGCAUCAACUGCAAUAUCUUCUCCUACGACUACUCGGGCUACGGCGUGAGCACGGGCAAGCCCUCGGAGCGGAACCUCUACUCUGACAUCGACGCCGCGUGGCAGGCGCUGCGCACACGGUACGGGAUCAGCCCGGAGAACAUCAUUUUGUAUGGACAGAGCAUCGGCACAGUGCCCACGGUUGACCUGGCCUCCCGCUACGAGUGCGCGGCCAUCGUGCUGCACUCCCCGCUCACCUCCGGCAUGCGCGUCGCCUUCCCCGACACCAAGAAGACCUAUUGGUUCGAUGCCUUCCCCAACAUCGAGAAGAUCUCCAAAAUCACCUCUCCUGUCCUCAUCAUCCACGGUACGGAGGAUGAAGUCAUCGACUUCUCCCACGGCCUGGCGCUCUUCGAGCGCUGCCCCAAGGCUGUGGAGCCGCUGUGGGUGGACGGGGCCGGGCACAAUGACAUUGAACUCUACAGCCAGUACCUCGAGCGCCUUCGGAAAUUCAUCUCCCAGGAGCUGGCCAGUCAACGCAACUAGCCAGGGGGACAGGCAGGGGGUUCUGCUUGUUCCUCCUGUUCUCCCAGUAGCUCUCCCUAGUCCCUGCUGCUGGAGCUGUAACAGGUUUGCUCAGCCUCAGCUCCAGGCUCAGGAGAGGGUGGGAGGCCCUGGAAUGGACAGUGUUUGCUCUCGGACAUGAGCACAGCUCUGCUCCCUUCUGGCACCACCGGCCUGGCUGGCCAGAGACGGCAGCUCCCUCUUUCCCCCUUCCCAGAGACAUGAGCCCACCCUCCGAUGGUGGAUCCUUGGCUUCAGACAUGUUCUCCUCUCCUCUCCCAAACCGGCCAAGUCCCGAGUCCCUCCCGGCCGCUCUGCUGCUCUGACCAUAGCAAUAAGGCGAGUUGGAGAGGGGCUGGGGCCCCGCCCCCUCCCCGGUGUCCCCGUGGGUGGGACAGAGGAGGUGGCAGUUCCUGCUCUCCACGGAGCUUUCCCGGGACCAGCGCUGGUGGUGCCCGGAGUUCACCCCGCGGCUGGGGCAGAGCCGUGUCCCCACGGGGACUAUGGGGAUGCACGGAGGAGGUGCCCUCUGCCCCACACCUCCUCCAGUCUGGCGCUGCUCAGCCUUCCCAGAGCACUCCUGGUGUUUGGGUCACCCCUGGAAAACCUCCGGGCCACUUGCCUGGGGAACGGGGUGAGGGAACCAGGCAGCGAAUAAAGAGCAGAGGUUUAACGUUUCA